AUGUCACCGCGUCGAUUAACGUUCAGAGCUCAAGACAUAACAGAUGCGGAGGAGAUCUCCAUCACUCUAGCUGCCGCAGACCAAGACUCGCAAGCCAUCAUCACCGACUCGAGAGGGGCCUGCAGAAAUAUUGAACAGAAGUACAUUCUUCUCUUUGCGUAUUGCAUCCUUAAAUAUAGCGACUACCUCGGGGCCCUCGCGUCUCCAACAAUCGCCUCGGCUCUUGCUCACGUGGGUCUCGAAGGCAAUGAAACGGCAGACACCGCCGCCCGCGCGCUCACUCUCCGGGCAACACCUUCAGACCCUUCCGAAACGGAUCCCGAACCGAAUCUGUCCCUCACUUUUCGAGAAAUUACUCAAUUAUACCAAUUCGGCCACGCAACUUAUUCUAAGGCCUGUAAGGGCCCUACAAAGGCUGAGGAACGCACAUCCUUCCGUCUUUACACCCAAACCCUGCUGUGCCCGACAGUUUUAAAACACUUUGAUCCUGCCUAUGCAGGAAAAUUCCCGCACUGUGCGGAGAAGUCUUCGGACAUCUUCCACAUGAUGUGGGCAUGCCAAUCAACCCCGAACCUUGUCUCAAAACCCAACUUCACCCUGGAGGACUGGCAAGCAGCCCUGCUUGACUGCUCCAACCUGGAGAGCCGGAAGGUCCUGGUCGACCGGGCCCGAGCCGCGGCGGUCGCCAUU